GGUUGGGGAAGCGCGAGAGGCGCUCUUCACUAGGCCGGGCUUCCCUCCAGCCCUCCGCCGACCGCACUGCCCUGUCAUCAACGCCUCGUUACCCACACCGGGUUUCCCUCGCCCUCUUCGCGGCGGUGCUGGUAGCGACUGCGCGCGCAGAGCCUGAGCGGGCGCCGGCAGGAAGGGGAAGCGGCGGGGUAGAACCACAUUAUGGACAGCGGUCCUUUUAAUUAAUUUAUCAUCAUGGCUAAUGAGGGCCAUCCCAAGGCUGGUGAUAGUCCUUUUUCAUCAGAUAAAUAUGCCCAACUCAUCUUGGCCCAGAUCAAUAAGAUGAGGAAUGGACAGCAUUUCUGUGAUGUGCAGCUACAAGUUGGGAAGGAAACUUUUAAAGUUCAUCGGUUGGUUUUGGCUGCCAGUAGUCCUUACUUUGCAGCUUUGUUCACUGGAGGAAUGAGAGAGUCCUCAAAAGAUGUUGUGCAGAUUCUUGGAAUUGAAGCUGGAAUAUUUCAAAUACUUCUAGAUUUUGUUUACACAGGUAUAGUGAACAUAGGUGUGAGUAAUGUUCAGGAGUUGAUUGUUGCAGCAGACAUGCUACAGUUGACUGAAGUUGUUAAUCUUUGCUGUGAAUUUCUGAAACGACAAAUUGAUCCACUGAACUGCAUAGGGAUCUUUCAGUUCUCGGAGCAGAUUGCCUGCCAUGAUCUUUUGGAAUUCACAGAAAACUACAUUCAUGUCCAUUUCUUGGAGGUUCAGAGUGGGGAGGAGUUCCUGGCACUUACGAAAGAUCAGCUGAUCAAAAUUUUGCGAAGUGAAGAGCUCAGCAUUGAGGAUGAAUACCAGGUGUUCUUAGCUGCAAUGCAAUGGAUUCUCAAAGAUCUGGGAAAGAGAAGAAAACAUGUGGUGGAAGUGCUAGACCCAAUUCGAUUUCCUUUAUUACCUCCUCAGAGGCUUUUAAAGUACAUAGAAGGAGUAUCCGAUUUUAAUCUUCGUGUUGCGUUGCAAACACUUUUGAAAGAGUACUGUGAGGUAUGCAAAUCUCCCAAAGAGAACAAGUUUUGUAGUUUUCUGCAAACAUCUAAGAUUCGACCUCGGAAGAAAGCAAGAAAGUACCUGUAUGCAGUAGGUGGAUAUACUCGGUUGCAGGGGGGUCGUUGGAGUGAUAGCAGAGCCCUGAGCUGUGUAGAACGUUUUGACACCUUUAGCCAGUACUGGACCACUGUGUCUUCACUUCAUCAGGCUCGAUGUGGGCUGGGAGUAGCAGUUCUGGGAGGGAUGGUCUACGCUAUUGGAGGUGAAAAGGAUUCAAUGAUUUUUGACUGUACUGAAUGCUAUGAUCCAGUUACUAAACAGUGGACAACUGUAGCUUCAAUGAAUCACCCCCGCUGUGGCUUGGGGGUGUGUGUGUGUUAUGGGGCUAUCUAUGCUUUGGGUGGAUGGGUUGGAGCUGAGAUAGGGAACACCAUUGAACGAUUUGAUCCUGAUGAAAAUAAAUGGGAAGUAGUUGGCAACAUGGCUAUGUCACGCUACUACUUUGGGUGUUGUGAAAUGCAAGGUUUAAUUUAUGUAAUUGGAGGCAUCAGCAAUGAAGGAAUAGAGCUUCGUUCUUUUGAAGUUUAUGAUCCACUUUCUAAGCGUUGGUCUCCACUUCCUCCAAUGGGAACCAGGAGAGCAUACCUUGGGGUGGCUGCACUCAAUGACUGCAUCUAUUCUGUUGGAGGAUGGAAUGAGACACAGGAUGCUCUUCAUACUGUAGAAAAAUAUUCCUUUGAAGAGGAAAAGUGGGUUGAAGUUGCCUCAAUGAAAGUGCCUAGAGCAGGCAUGUGUGUGGUGGCAGUCAAUGGGCUUCUGUAUGUUUCUGGAGGGCGAUCUUCCAGCCAUGAUUUCUUAGCUCCUGGUACCUUGGACUCAGUUGAAGUUUAUAAACCUCAUUCAGAUACAUGGACAGAAAUUGGUAACAUGAUCACUAGUCGUUGUGAAGGAGGUGUUGCUGUACUAUGAAAUAUAAACCAUAAGAGAGCACAAGAAAACAUUUUGAUAAUACAGGAUCUGACCUUUUGCAAAUCACACAUGUAUUUGGUGGUAGGACCCUCUGAUUCUAUUGAGUUUUCCAUGUGUUUGGUAGAUAAAUAAUUAAAGAAUGAUUUUUCUAAGAAUUUGAGUGAGAAGGGUUAUGGAAUAUACAUGUCCUAAAUUAAUAAAUAGCUCACAAAAAAUUGCCAGGCUUACCAACAGAAAUGCUAUUUGUGCUCUAGAAUUGUCCAGUUAGGAGUCCUAUUUGUAAAAAUGAUUUGCUAGAAGCUUCUUGGCAAAUAGGGGUUUCUCAGUGAAAUUCAAGCUAUAACAUGACCCGUAUGUGAUAUAAGAGUAUCAGUAAGACAGGUUAAAGGUGUCUGUAUAUUCAUGAUUCAACCCAGAGCACAAUUUUCCAUGGCCAUAGUUUAACCUACAGAGAAAAGCAGUGAAACAACUUCCUACUUUGAUGCUAGGAGUCUUCACUAGCCCCAAACUUUUUAUUGGCAGCAGAUAUACUGGGAGGGACAUGUAGGAAAUAUCUAGCUAUUUAUAUACAGAGGUAAGUUUUCACCUAUUGAUAACAGCAUAAAAAAAGCUUUUGCUCACUUAUGUUUUUUGUCUUGAUGCUAAGAAUGCAAGUAAUUAAUAGGAAGUUCUUAGUGAUAGUCCAUUAAUGCAGUUGGAUGAUGUAAUGAGUGAUAGAGCUUAGAUGGUGGUAUGCACUUAAUAAAAUUCUUCCCUAUUUUCUAAAUAGUCACCAAAAAUAUCUGUUUGGCUUUGGGAAGAGGGACUUUUAUUAGCUUAUCAAGCUUUGUGAAAUUUACUUGUACUUGGGCAAGAAGCCUAAAUAUGAGCUUAUUACAAAGCUGCUUACUGCCUGGCUUGGAGAAGGUGGAAUUGUAGAUACGUGUGAAACUUCUUAGACACUGACUUAUAAGAUAAAAGGUUUCUGAUCCAAAACUGUUCCUCAGAACUUCUCAUUUUCCCCAAGAAGCAUUCUAAAGAAUUGCUCUCUGUCUAGUUCUGAGAGGAAGAUUCUUCGUGUACAUCAUCACUUUUAAGUUAUUUCUACUUAAUUUAAUAUUAAUUAAUAUUAAAGAGCCAUUUAAUAUUAAAGGUCUUGCAUACAUUUAUAUUUACCUAGCUGAUUCCAGGGUUUUGUUUGUAUAUUCCCAAUUUCCCCUUUUCUUUACUAAAGUCCUUCAGUAUGUUGUUGUUGUAAGCAUCAGUACCUUACUUAGAUAGAAAUACUUUGGUAAGCAUUAAAGACUCAGGUAGCAUUCAUAUCUAGAAUAUUUGAAUUGGCCCACAAGGACUAAUCAGCUCUAAUGAGUCUUUUGGAGCAAAAAUUAAUAUAAGACCAGGUCUUAUUUUACUACAUAUAAUAUAAAAUUAUAUGACCGGGCAUAAUAUAUAAGACCGGGUCUUAUGUUAAUUUUUGCUCCAAAAGAUUUAUUAGAGUUGAUUGUCUGGCUAGGUGUUAUUUUCAGAGAAACAGGGUAGUUACAGAGAAUCUGCAUUCUGGUUCAAGAGAUUUACAAAAUGCUCCUAUAAUUUCUCAUUUCCUGGCAACCUAAAAUGGCACUGUGAAGGGAGCCAUUCUGUACUGCUGUAGCAGCAAUGUAAUGUCAAGACAAUCAGUGUUUGGGCUUAAUAGGUCCAGACAAUCCCUGAAAAUAGGUCAUUGUAAAUAUGCUUGUUAUUUCCUAGGUAAUGACAGAUUGUUUUUUAAAAAAAUGUACUAAUAAAGUAUUUUGCUUUUUGCUUUUCCUUCUAAGAAAUAUCUUCUGAAGAAUACGAGCUUUCUUUCCUUUAUUAUCAGGCUGUAGUAAACUAUUCUCUACAUUUAAUAAAGGAUCAUGUAGUAGUUUCA